GUUGAUGUGUGGUCUUUACUGUGACACGCAGUAGCCUAUUUGCAAAAAGUUUUGACAAACACUAAAGUAUGCCAACUACUUAACGCCUUUGCUCGUUUGGUAUUGAGAGUGCACCGUGACGUUUGUUAUUAUGCGUAAGUUUCUCUUCAGGUCAAUGGAGUCCGUUUGUCUCUCUCUUCUGCUCCUCGCGCUUCGUGUCGUGUUUGCUCAGUUAGAAGAUGUGAUUAUUGAUCGAUACUCGAUACCGACGCACUGCUCGAGAGAGGUUCGUGCCGGUGAUUAUGUUCGCUAUCAUUAUAACGGCACGUUCAUUGACGGACGCAAGUUUGACUCGAGUCUGGACAAAGGCUAUCCGAUAGUGGCCCAGGUGGGUGUGGAUUCUAAAGUCAUUCCUGGUUUGGAUAAAGGAGUUGAGGGAAUGUGUGUGAACGAGCGGAGAAAGAUCACUGUACCGUCUCACCUGGCUUACGGAGUUCUGGGAGCAGGUGCACUGAUCCCGCCUGACUCCACGCUGGUGUUUGAUGUUCAUCUGCUGGACUUAUGGAAUAAAGCAGACACGGUUGAAAUAAGAGUACUGCACAGACCGCAGAAGUGUAAGCGAGCCGUGACGGACUCAGAUUUUGUCCGAUAUCAUUAUAAUGGAUCUCUGCUAGUGGGAACCGUGUUUGGCUCCAGCCACGAUCUGAACUCAACAUAUGACACGUAUGUGGGGCAGGGCAGUCUCAUCAGGGGAGUGGAGCAGGGCAUUCUGGGAAUGUGUGUCGGGGAGAGGAGAUCCAUCAUUAUUCCACCGUUUCUGGCGUAUGACAAGAACGGAUACGGCACAAAGAUUCCUCCGUAUGCCACGGUGAUGUUUGACGUGUUACUGGUGGACGUGUUUAAUGUGAAGGACGAUGUGAUGAUCGAAGUUGAAGAGAUUCCUCGGCCGUGCAGAAGAAGAGCAGCGCUGGGAGAUUUCAUCCGCUAUCAUUAUAACGGCUCAUUUCAGGACGGCACGCUCUUCGAUUCCAGUUAUUCUCGUAACAGCACAUUUGACACGUUUGUUGGCGUGGGUCGUGUGAUCGCUGGGAUGGAUAAAGCUCUGCUGGGUGUUUGUGUGGGCGAGAGGAGACGGGCGACUGUACCACCUCAUGUGGGAUAUGGAGAGAAUGGAUCAGGUGAAUUGAUUCCUGGAUCAGCCGUGCUCAUCUUUGACCUUCACAUCAUUGAUAUUCACAAUCCUGAAGAUGGAGUGGACGUUAAAGUGACGUAUAAACCGUCAGACUGUAACCUGACCAGUGAUGUGAAUGAUGUCAUCAUGUACAGAUAUAACUGCUCUCUACUGGACGGCACACGACUCUACACAUCAGACGAUUACCCAGAAGCCCCUGGUGUGACGUUAGGUCAGGGGAAGUUGAUCUCGGGUCUGGAUGAAGGUCUGAGGGGAAUGUGUGUGUCAGAGAAGAGAGAGAUCACUGUACCACCUCACCUCGCUCACGGCUCGGCUGGAGCGUCUGGUGUUCCCGGGAGUGCUGUGUUACUCUUUGAGCUGGAGUUAGUGGAUGUACAGAAGGGUGUUCCUGAGGGGUUUCUCUUCAUCUGGCUUCAGGACAGUCCUGAUCCGCUCUUUCUUGCCAUGGACAUGAAUCACGAUCAACAGGUGUCACUGGAGGAGUUUGUGGUGUUCAUCGAGCGUCAGGUGGCUGAAGGCAGAGGUCGCAUUCGUCCUGGAACAGAUCGUGAAGUUGUUAUAAAGGAGAUGUUCAAAAAUCAAGACCGCAACACAGACGGCAGAAUCACUGAAGAUGAACUGAACGUCACAGAAUCCAAGCACGACGAGCUCUGAACACACACGUCAACACAAGUCAAUGUGGUGAUGAAAGAGAUGUUGUGAUCAGUUUGCCGCGCUGAUAAAAGAGUAACAGAUCGCAUUCUUUUAGCCCAUGAAUGCACUGAAAUAAAAAUGCAGUUCUACACGUUUACUUUGUUGUAACGUCAUCAGCCACAAGUGUGGAUAUUCUUCACAUUCUGCAUGUUUGACCCUUUCACAGAUGUCAUUCCGUAUGUAUGUAAACAGGUCAUGUUUUGUCCAUUAAAUACUAUUUAAUCAAAAUAAUUCACGUUAU